UAGUGGUAAAGUAGGCAGCGUUGCUAGAGAGCAUGCAUAUAAUGGUAAAGAACAUGCGUGGGGUGAUGUGGAGUGGUAUAGUGGUAACAGAGCGUACAUAGAUAAAACGACAUCAUUAGAUGAUUAA